AUGACGGCUUCCGGCGACCACCCAACAGCCGAAAGCGCCAGCGCCAGCGCCAGAGCACACGAUGCGACGCCGUCAUCAUCAACUGCAAACGAUGCGACCUCAAAGAAUGCGCCCAAGUCCAACAAAACUUCUGCAGUUCAAGACCCCGCUGCUGCAGAGGACAGUGUCGCGAUGCACAAGUCAGCACCCGCCACCGCGGACGCUCCCGCUGAUGAAGUCGCAAACACCACUUCGAGCCCUGUGUCAGACGCACCUCAGCAGCAGCAGCAAGCUUCCCGAGCUUCGGAAGAUGAAGAAACUCACGAAGCUCCCCUCCUAGCUCCAACCACCACCUACGAGCAAGCAUCAUCAUCAUCAUCAUCAUCGCAAUUGAAGUCCGGUCCCUACAACAAUGGUUCCCACAACGACGGCCACGAAGGCCAACAGAACGGCCACCACGGCCAUCACGACAACAUAGAAGCCGCCGGCCACGACGACGCCUCCGACUCGGACGAGUUCUCCCUCACCGAAGGCUACGAAACCCGAUCGACCGGCUCAACCUCUGCCACCUCCUCCAUCUACGCGCACACCUACGAGCACGGCCGACGUUACCAAUCCUACAAGAACUCGCGCUAUCCGAUUCCCAAUGACGAUGCCGAGCUGUCGCGCGAAGACAUGAAGCACGCCAUGCUUCUCGAGCUGCUGGACGGCCAGCUGGUGUUGGCGCCGUUGGAGAAGAAUCCGCAGAAUAUACUGGAUAUUGGAACGGGGACGGGCAUUUGGGCGAUUGAUGCCGGUGAUAGGUGGCCGAUGGCUAGGGUCCGGGGAAUGGAUAUCAGUCCUGUGCAACCGCUUUGGGUUCCCCCCAAUGUGGACUUUUUGGUGGAUGAUUGUGAGCAGGAGUGGUUGAUGAGGGAAGAGGUGGAUUAUGCGCAUUUUCGGUUUAUGGCGACUGUGUUGAAGAAUUUGCCGGUUGUGUUAGGUCAUGCUUACGACGCCCUCAAACCAGGCGGCUGGAUCGAAUUCCAAGAACUAAACUGCGAAGUCUUCUGCGACGACGACACCAUGUCCGCCGACGACCCCGUCAAGUUCCUCUACGACCUCACCCAACAAGCCUUUGCCAAGUUCAACAUGAACAUCACCAUUCCCAAGAUCCUGAGGCAAUACCUCACCGACGCUGGGUUCGUCAACAUCCAGUGCGUGGUCAAGAAGGUGCCAAUUGGCGUCUGGGCCAAGGAUAAGACGCUCAGAUUGGUGGGCAUGUAUCAGAAGAUGGCCAUUCUCGAGAUCAUGCAGGCGCUUGCCGGAAGACCGUUUGAUGCGCUGGGGUUGGAUCAGGUGCAGAAGGAGAUUAUUAUGAUGGAAGCGAGAAAGGGACUGGAUAAUCCGAAGGUGCAUCGGUAUUUUAAUUAUUACUUUUGGUUUGCGCAGAAACCACAGUAG